UUGAACGGUGCAACGUUGUUCUCAAUUGUUUGAAAUGCUUUAUGCUGGAAAUGGGACUUUAUAAAUUCUGUUUGCUAAUGAAAUGGAAACUUUUAUGCUUCAUAAUUCCUUCCUGGCAAAUAAUUUCUGCACGAAUACAUUAUGCGAUUCCUGAAGAAUUGAAUGCCGGUGCCUUUGUUGGGAACAUCGCAGAGGACCUGAAUUUAAAUGUAAAGCAACUCUCGGUUCGCAGCUUUCAAAUUAUGCCUGGACCUGGCAAACAGUAUAUAGAUGUAAAUUUAGACAAUGGGGUUUUACUUGUGAAAGAAAAAAUAGACAGAGAACAGUUGUGCGAGCAGAGCCUCGCUUGCACGUUAUCUUUACAAGCGGUGAUUGAAAAUCCUUUAAAUGUCUAUCAUUUUCAAGUGGACAUUCUGGACGUAAAUGAUAAUGCCCCGAAAUUCCCAGAGAGCGAAUUCCGUUUGGAAAUUUUAGAGGUUGCUGCUCCAGGAACUCGAUUCGCUCUGGAAUGCGCACAGGACACGGACAUUGGAACCAACUCAGUGCAAAGCUACCAGCUGAUAGAGAACGGCUAUUUUUCCCUCGAUGUCGAGACGCUGGGUGGCGACGGAAAGGUACCGGUUUUAAUCUUGGAGAGAUCGCUGGACAGAGAAAAGGAAAGUGCUCACAAGUUGGUGUUGAUAGCUAACGAUGGAGGGAUUCCUCGGAAAUCCGGCUCUGCUGAGAUACUGAUCGUUGUCGAGGAUGCCAAUGAUAACGCGCCCGUUUUCUCCCAGUCCGUCUACAGGGUCAGUUUGUGGGAGAAUGCACCGAAAGGAACAUUAGUCAUAAAGCUGGAUGCUUCAGAUCCGGACGCUGAUCUCAAUGGCAAGGUAGUGUAUUCGUUUGGCAGUCAUACCUCGAGCAGAGUUCGUGAAAUAUUUCAGCUAGAUUCCAAAACUGGCGAAAUCAGAAUUAAGAAUAAUUUGGACUACGAGAAAAAUAGUGUUUUUGAGAUUAAUGUUCAAGCAAAAGAUCAGGGUCCUCACGCAACUCCUGUAUACUGUCACGUGGUGGUCAAAAUUGUUGAUGUGAACGACAACGCUCCUGUGAUUACACUGACAUCUUUAUUCAGUCCAAUCGGCGAAGAUUCCCCACCGGGGACUGUGGUGGCUCUGAUUAGUACAACGGACAAGGACUCGGCUAAAAACGGGGACCUGGAUUGCGAAAUCACAAAGGAACUUCCCUUUAAACUAGAGUCCUCCUCACGAAACUAUUACAGUCUGAUUGCCCAGGAGAGACUGGAUCGUGAACAAGUAUCAGCCUACAAUGUAACUGUCGUGUGCACCGACGCUGGGGUUCCUCCUCUCACAUCCAACAAAACGAUCCUGGUGGAGGUCUCGGAUAUAAAUGACAACCCACCCCAGUUUACACAGCCUGUAUAUACAGCUUAUGUGAUGGAGAAUAACGCCAUAGGUGCAUCCAUUUUCACUGUAACUGCUUUCGAUCAAGAUUUAAAUAGGAACGCCGAUGUGUCAUACUUUAUUUUGGAGAGUCAGAUUCAGGGCAUGUCAGUGUCUGCAUAUGUCUCGAUUAACUCCCUCAGCGGUGUCAUAUUUUCGCAGAGAAGUUUCGACUUCGAGAAUCUCAAACACUUUCAGAUCCUGGUUCAGACGCGGGAUUCUGGUUCCCCACCACUUUCUGGAAAUGCCUCAGUGGAUAUAAUUAUCUUGGAUCAGAAUGACAAUGCCCCAGUAAUCGUGCAACCUUUACCCGAAUUUGGCUCCACUGUGUCAGAGACCAUAUCCAGGCUCGCAGAACCAGGUUACUUAGUUACGAAGGUUUCUGCUACCGACGGUGACUCUGGCCAGAAUGCUCGCCUUACCUACCAGAUUCUCCAAGCUACUGAGGUCGGUCUCUUCACCAUUUCACCGGACACGGGAGAAAUCUGGACAAUACGCAGUAUUAGUAAGAAUGACGCCGCCAAACAAAGGCUGGUCAUCUGUGUUAAGGACGAUGGAUCACCGCCACUGACGGCCACAGUGACAAUCAUUCUGUCUUUAGUUGGAAAUGAUGGGCAACUGUUGUCGGAGCUGAACGGUUUGUCUGCGGAUCCAGGGUUUGCUUCUGAUACCAGCUUUUACCUCGUAAUAGCCUUAGGGGUCACCUCUUCCGUGUUUCUGGUGAUUUUGAUUAUUCUCGCCGUUAUGGUUCAUAGAUCCUCUUCUCUUGGCGCAUGUGGUUGUUUUACUGUAAGAAACUCGUUACAUGGAUUUCAAAGAGGCAAAAGAACCCUCCAGAUACCACCAAACUACGUUGAAGUGUUUGGGGGUGAUCCACUUUCUCAGAGUUUCCGCUACAAUUCAUGCUCAAGUUCACAUUCUGUGAAGAGGGAUUUCAGGUUGUCCAGCAGCAGAUCUACGCGUAAGGAUUUUACUCCGGGUGGCAUUCUGGGAAAUGGCGAUACUUUUCAAACUUCCAAGUCUGCGCAAUACAGGAAUACUUUAAAUGAGAUACGUUAUUCGAUUCCUGAAGAAUUGAAUGCCGGUGCCUUUGUAGGGAACAUUGCAGAGGACCUGAAUUUGAAUAUAAAGGAACUUUCGGCUCGCGGCUUUCAAAUUAUGCCUGGACCUAGCAAGCGGUAUUUUGAUGUAAAUGUGGACAAUGGGGUUUUAUUUGUGAGGGAAAAAAUCGACAGGGAACAGUUGUGUGAACGGAACCUCGCUUGCACGUUAUCGGUGGAAGCAGUGAUACAGAAUCCUGUAAGUGUGUAUCAUUUUCAAGUGGACGUUUUGGACGUAAAUGACAAUGCCCCGAGAUUUCCAGACAGCCGCUUUAGUAUGGAGAUAUCAGAGGUCGCUGCUCCUGGAACCCACUUCGCUCUGGAGUGCGCCCAGGACCCGGACGUUGGAUCCAACUCUGUACAAAGCUAUCAGUUAGUAGAAAAUCUUUAUUUCACACUCGAUGUUCAGAAGCGCGUUGGCGGCGAAAAACUACCGGUUUUAGUGUUGGAAAGACAGCUGGACAGAGAAAAGGAAAGUACCCACAGGUUGGUGUUGAUAGCUAAGGAUGGAGGGGUUCCUGAGAGAUCUGGCACUGCUGAGAUAUUGAUCGUUGUUGAGGAUGCCAAUGACAACGCUCCUAUUUUCCCGCAACCUGCCUACAGGAUCAGUUUACGAGAGAAUACACCCAAAGGAACAUUAGUGAUUAAAUUACAUGCCACCGAUUUGGAUGCUGGAGUCAAUGGGCAGGUAUUGUACUCGUUUAGUAGUCAUACUUCAAAUAGAGUUCGUGAAAUGUUUGGGCUGGAUUCCAAAUCUGGCGAAAUCAGAAUUAAGAAUAAUUUGGACUACGAGGAAAAUAGAGUAUUUGAGAUAAAUGUCCAAGCAAAAGAUCAGGGUCCUUACGCAACUCCUGUAUAUUGUCACGUGGUGGUUAACAUUGUUGAUAUGAAUGACAACGCUCCUGUGAUUACAUUGACAUCUUCCUUCAGUCCAAUCCGCGAAGAUUCACUCCAGGGAACUGUAGUGGCUCUCAUCAGUUCAACGGACAAGGAUUCAGUUGAGAACGGGGACCUGGACUGCGAAAUCACAAAGGAACUUCCGUUUAAACUACAGUUAUCCUCACGUAACUAUUACAGUCUGGUUACCCAGGAGAGACUGGAUCGUGAACAUGUAUCAGCCUACAAUGUAACUGUCGUGUGCACCGACGCUGGGGUUCCUCCUCUCACAUCCAACAGAACGAUCUUGGUGGAGGUCUCGGAUAUAAAUGAUAACUCACCCCAGUUUACACAGCCUGUAUAUACAGCUUAUGUGAUGGAGAAUAACGCCAUAGGUACAUCCAUUUUCACUGUAACUGCUUUCGAUCAAGAUUUAAAUAGGAACGCCGAUGUGUCAUACUUUAUUUUGGAGAGUCAGAUUCAGGGCAUGUCAGUGUCUGCAUAUGUCUCGAUUAACUCCCUCAGCGGUGUCAUGUUUUCGCAGAGAAGUUUCGACUUCGAGAAUCUCAAACACUUUCAGAUCCUGGUUCAGGCGCGGGAUUCUGGUUCCCCACCACUUUCUGGAAAUGCCUCAGUGGAUGUAAUUAUCUUGGAUCAGAAUGACAAUGCCCCAGUAAUCGUGCAACCUUUACCCGAAUUUGGCUCCACUGUGUCAGAGACCAUAUCCAGGCUCGCAGAACCAGGUUACCUGGUUACGAAGGUUUCUGCUACCGACAGUGACACUGGCCAGAAUGCUCGCCUUACCUACCAGAUUCUCCGAGCUACUGAGGUCGGUCUCUUCACCAUUUCACCGGACACGGGGGAAAUCUGGACAAUACGCAGUAUUAGUAAGAAUGACGCCGCCAAACAAAGGCUGGUCAUCUGUGUUAAGGACGAUGGAUCACCGCCACUGACGGCCACAGUGACUAUCAUUUUGUCUUUAGUUGGAAGUGAUGCACAACUGUUGUCGGAUCUGAACGGUUUGUCUGAGGAUCCAGGGUUUGCUUCUGAUACCAGCUUUUACCUCGUAAUUGCUUUAGGGGUCACCUCCUCUGUGUUCCUGGUGAUUUUGAUUAUUCUCGCCGUUAAGGUUCAUAGAUCCUCUUCUCUUGGCGCAUGUGGUUGUUUUACAGUAAGAAAUUCACUACAUGGAUUCCAAAGAGGUAAUAGAACCCUCCAGAUACCACCAAACUACGUUGAGGUAUUUGGGGGUGAUCCACUGUCUCAGAGUUUCCGCUACGAUUCAUGCUCAAGUUCACAUUCUGUGAAGAGGGAUUUCAGGUUUUCCAGCAGCGGAGCUAUGCGUAAGGAUUUUACUCCUGGUGGCAUUCUGGGAAAUGGCGAUACUUUACAAACCUCCAAGUCUGCGCAGUACAGGAAUACUUUAAAUGAGGUGAGGUUGCAUUUCGUUAGCGAGAAGAACACCUCAUCGGUCUCGAUUGGAACAGGAAUUAUUCAAAGGCACUGUGUUGUUCUCAAUCCCUGGAAAUGCUUUGUGUUGCAAAUGGAAUUUUAUAAAUUAUAUUUGCUAAUGAAAUGGAAACUUUUAUAUUUCAUUAUCCCUUCCUGGCAAGCAAUUUCUGGACAGAUACGGUAUUCGAUUCCUGAAGAAUUGAAUGCCGGUGCCUUUGUAGGGAACAUUGCAGAGGACCUGAAAUUGAAUAUAAAGGAACUUUCGGCUCGCGGCUUUCAAAUUAUGCCUGGACCUAGCAAGCGGUAUUUUGAUGUAAAUGUGGACAAUGGGGUUUUAUUUGUGAGGGAAAAAAUCGACAGGGAACAGUUGUGUGAACGGAACCUCGCUUGCACGUUAUCGGUGGAAGCAGUGAUACAGAAUCCUGUAAGUGUGUAUCAUUUUCAAGUGGACGUUUUGGAUGUAAAUGACAAUGCCCCGAGAUUUCCAGACAGCCGCUUUAGUAUGGAGAUAUCAGAGGUCGCUGCUCCUGGAACCCACUUCGCUCUGGAGUGCGCCCAGGACCCGGACGUUGGAUCCAACUCUGUACAAAGCUACCAGUUAGUAGAAAAUCUUUAUUUCACCCUCGAUGUUCAGAAUCGCGUUGGCGGCGAAAAACUACCGGUUUUAGUGUUGGGAAGACAGCUGGACAGAGAAAAGGAAAGUACCCACAGGGUGGAGUUGGUAGCUAAGGAUGGAGGGGUUCCUGAGAGAUCUGGCACUGCUGAGAUAUUGAUCGUUGUUGAGGAUGCCAAUGACAACGCGCCUGUUUUCCCGCAACCUGCCUACAGGAUCAGUUUGCGAGAGAAUUCACCCAAAGGAAAAUUAGUGAUUAAAUUACAUGCCACCGAUUUGGAUGCUGGAGUCAAUGGGCAGGUAUUGUACUCGUUUAGUAGUCAUACUUCAAAUAGAGUUCGUGAAAUGUUUGGGCUGGAUUCCAAAUCUGGCGAAAUCAGAAUUAAGAAUAAUUUGGACUACGAGGAAAAUAGCGUUUUUGAGAUAAAUGUCCAAGCAAAAGAUCAGGGUCCAAACGCAACUCCUGUAUAUUGUCACGUGGUGGUUAAUAUUGUUGAUAUGAAUGACAACGCUCCUGUGAUUACAUUGACAUCUUCCUUCAGUCCAAUCCGCGAAGAUUCACUCCCGGGAACUGUAGUGGCUCUCAUCAGUUCAACAGACAAGGAUUCAGCUGAGAACGGGGACCUGGAUUGCGAAAUCACAAAGGAACUUCCGUUUAAACUAGAGUCAUCCUCGCGAAACUAUUACAGUCUGGUUACCCAGGAGAGACUGGAUCGUGAACAUCUAUCAGCCUACAAUGUGACUGUCCUGUGUACCGACGCUGGGGUUCCUCCUCUCACAUCAAACAAAACGAUCCUGGUGGAGGUCUCGGAUAUAAAUGAUAACUCACCCCAGUUUAUACAGCCUGUAUAUACAGCUUAUGUGAUGGAGAAUAACGCCAUAGGUACAUCCAUUUUCACUGUAACUGCUUUCGAUCAAGAUUUAAAUAGGAACGCCGAUGUGUCAUACUUUAUUUCGGAGAGUCAGAUUCAGGGCAUGUCAGUGUCUGCAUAUGUCUCUAUUAACUCCCUCAGCGGUGUCAUAUUUUCGCAGAGAAGUUUCGACUUCGAGAAUCUCAAACACUUUAAGAUCUUGGUUCAGGCGCGGGAUUCUGGUUCCCCACCACUUUCUGGAAAUGCCUCAGUGGAUGUAAUUAUCUUGGAUCAGAAUGACAAUGCCCCAGUAAUCGUGCAACCUUUACCCGAAAUCGGCUCCACUGUGUCAGAGACCAUAUCCAGGCUCGCAGAACCAGGUUACCUAGUUACGAAGGUUUCUGCUACCGACGGUGACUCUGGCCAGAAUGCUCGCCUUACCUACCAGAUUCUCCGAGCUACUGAGGUCGGUCUCUUCACCAUUUCACCGGACACGGGAGAAAUCUGGACAAUACGCAGUAUUAGUAAGAAUGACGCCGCCAAACAAAGGCUGGUCAUCUGUGUUAAGGACGAUGGAUCACCGCCACUGACGGCCACAGUGACAAUCAUUCUGUCUUUAGUUGGAAAUGAUGAACAAUUGCUGUCGAAGCUGAAUAGUUUGUCUGAGGAUCCAGAGAUUGCUUUUGAUACCAGCUUUUACCUCGUAAUAGUUUUAGGGGUCACCUCCUCCGUGCUCCUGAUGAUUUUGAUUAUUCUCGCCGUAAAGGUUCAUAGAUCCUCUUCUCUUGGCGCAUGUGGUUGUUUUGCAGUAAGAAACUCGUUACAUGGAUUUCAAAGAGGCAAAAGAACCCUCCAGAUACCACCAAACUACGUUGAAGUGUUUGGGGGUGAUCCACUUUCUCAGAGUUUCCGCUACGAUUCAUGCUCAAGUUCACAUUCUGUGAAGAGGGAUUUCAGGUUGUCCAGCAGCAGAUCUACGCGUAAGGAUUUUACUCCGAGUGGCAUUCUGGGAAAUGGCGAUACUUUACAAUCCGCCAACACUGCGCAGUGCAAGAAUACUGUAAAUAAUGAGAUACGUUAUUCGAUUCCUGAAGAAUUGAAUGUCGGCGCCUUUGUUGGGAAUAUCGCAGAGGACCUAAAUUUGGAUAUAAAGGAACUUCCAUCUCGCGGAUUUCAAAUUGUGCCAGGACCAAGUAAGCAGUAUAUAGAUGUAAAUUUAAACAGUGGGGUUUUAGUUGUGAAGGAAACAAUGGACAGAGAACUGUUGUGCGAGCAGAGCCUCGCCUGCACGUUAUCUCUGGAAGCGGUGAUUCAAAAUCCUCUAAAUAUGUAUCAUUUUCAAGUGGACGUUAUGGACGUAAAUGAUAAUGCCCCGAGUUUUCCUGAGAGUCGUUUUAAGUUGGAAAUAUCGGAGGUGGCUGCCCCAGAAACGCGGUUCGCUCUGAAGUGCGCACAGGACCCGGACGUUGGAUCGAACUCGGUACAAAGCUACCAGUUAUUGGAGAACGGCUAUUUCUCUCUCGAUGUCGAGACGCGGGGUGGCAGCGAAAAAUUACCGGUCUUAGUCUUGGAAAGACAGCUGGACAGAGAAAAGGAAAGUACCCACAGGUUGGUGUUGAUAGCUGCGGAUGGAGGGGUUCCUGAGAGAUCUGGCACUGCUGAGAUAUUGAUCGUUGUUGAGGAUGCCAAUGACAACGCGCCUGUUUUCCCCAAGCCUCUAUACAGAGUUAGUUUGCCAGAGAAUGCACCCAAAGGAACAUUAGUGAUUAAAUUAGAUGCCACCGAUUUGGAUGCUGGAGUCAAUGGGCAGAUAUUGUAUUCGUUUAGCAGUCAUACUUCAAAUAGAGUUCGUGAAAUGUUUGGGCUGGAUUCCAAAUCUGGCGAAAUCAGAAUUAAGAAUAAUUUGGACUACGAGGAAAAUAGAGUAUUUGAGAUAAAUGUCCAAGCAAAAGAUCAGGGUCCAAACGCAACUCCUGUAUAUUGUCACGUGGUGGUUAACAUUGUUGAUGAGAACGACAACGCUCCUAUGAUUACACUGACAUCUUUAUUCAGUCCUAUCGGCGAAGAUUCCCCACCGGGGACUGUGGUGGCUCUGAUUAGUUCAACAGACAAGGAUUCAGCUAAAAACGGGGAUUUGGACUGCGAAAUCCCAAAGGACCUUCCAUUUAAACUAGUUUCCUCUUUACAAAAAUAUUAUAAACUGGUUAUCUGGGAGAGACUGGAUCGUGAACAUGUAUCAGCCUACAAUGUAACUGUUGUGUGCACCGACGCUGGGGUUCCUCCUCUCACAUCAAACAAAACGAUCCUGGUGGAGGUCUCGGAUAUAAAUGACAACCCACCCCAGUUUACACAGCCUGUAUAUACAGCUUAUGUGAUGGAGAAUAACGCCAUAGGUGCAUCCAUUUUCACUGUAACUGCUUUCGAUCAAGAUUUAAAUAGGAACGCCGAUGUGUCAUACUUUAUUUUGGAGAGUCAGAUUCAGGGCAUGUCAGUGUCUGCAUAUGUCUCGAUUAACUCGCUGAGCGGUGUUAUAUUUUCGCAGAGAAGUUUCGACUUCGAGAAUCUCAAAAACUUUCAGAUCCUGGUUCAGGCGCGGGAUUCUGGUUCCCCACCACUUUCUGGAAAUGCCUCAGUGGAUGUAAUUAUCUUGGAUCAGAAUGACAAUGCCCCAGUAAUCGUGCAACCUUUACCCGAAUUUGGCUCCACUGUGUCAGAGACCAUAUCCAGGCUCGCAGAACCAGGUUACCUAGUUACGAAGGUUUCUGCUACCGACGGUGACUCUGGCCAGAAUGCUCGCCUUACCUACCAGAUUCUCCAAGCUACUGAGGUCGGUCUCUUCACCAUUUCACCGGACACGGGAGAAAUCUGGACAAUACGCAGUAUUAGUAAGAAUGACGCUGUCAAUCAAAGGCUGGUCAUCUGCGUUAAGGACAAUGGAUCACCACCACUGACGGCCACAGUGACUAUCAUUCUGUCUUUAGUUGGAAAUGAUGGGCAACUGUUGUCGGAGCUGAACGGUUUGUCUGAGGAUCCAGGGUUUGCUUCUGAUACCAGCUUUUACCUCGUAAUUGCUUUAGGGGUCACCUCCUCCGUGUUCCUGGUGAUUUUGAUUAUUCUCGCCAUAAAGGUUCAUAGAUCCUCUUCUCUUGGCGCAUGUGGUUGUUUUACAGUAAGAAACUCGUUACAUGGAUUUCAAAGAGGCAAAAGAACCCUCCAGAUACCACCAAACUACGUUGAGGUAUUUGGGGGUGAUCCACUUUCUCAGAGUUUCCGCUACGAUUCAUGCUCAAGUUCACAUUCUGUGAAGAGGGAUUUCAGGUUUUCCAGCAGCGGAGCUAUGCGUAAGGAUUUUACUCCUGGUGGCAUUCUGGGAAAUGGCGAUACUUUACAAACCUCCAAGUCUGCGCAGUACAGGAAUACUUUAAAUGAGAGAAGCGGUGAAUGGCGUGUCGCGCUGAAGUCAUUGCAAUGCUUUGUACAGGAGAUGGGAUAUUCUAAUUUUUAUUGGCUGUUUACAUGGUCAAUUUGUUAUUGUAUGUUAUCAUCCUGGGUUCUAGUUUCGGGACAAGUUCGCUAUUCAGUUUCUGAGGAGCUGCAACUGGGUGCCUUUGUUGGGAAUAUCGCAGACGAUUUGGAUUUAGAUGUGAAUGAACUGACUGCUCGCAGUUUUCGGAUUGUGUCUAGUCCCAGGAAGCAGUACCUCGAUGUAAAUUUGGACAGUGGAAUCCUCUACGUAAAAGGGAAAAUUGAUAGGGAGCAGAUCUGCGGGUCCAAUUCUGCGUGCAUAUUGUUCCUAGAGGCCGUGAUCGAAGAUCCGCUGACUGUGUAUCAUUUUCAAGUAGAAAUUCUGGAUGUAAAUGACAAUGCCCCCAGUUUCCCGAAAGCACAAUUCCGCUUGGAAAUUUCAGAGGUUGCGGCGCAAGGAACGCGCUUUGCCCUCGAGUCUGCCUAUGACCCAGAUGUUGGAAUCAACUCGGUGCAGACGUACCAGCUGGGCGAAAACGAGCAUUUCACCGUAGACAUUCAGUCACGCCGCGGAGAUGGCAAGCUACCGGUGUUAGUGCUGCAACGGCUACUAGACAGGGAGAAACAAAAGAUCCACAGAUUAGUCCUGGUUGCGAAGGACGGAGGCAUCCCUGAGAAAUCCGGGACGGCUCAGAUAAUUGUCACUGUCCAAGAUGCGAACGAUAAUGCGCCGGUGUUUCAACAGUCGGAGUAUAGGACAAGACUGUUUGAGAAUACACCCAAAGGAACUCUGGUCAUCAAACUAAAUGCUACUGAUUUAGACGAAGGCUCCAAUGGGGAGGUUGUGUACUCCUUCAGUAGCCACGCCUCCAACAGAGUCCGUGAGAUGUUUAGUCUGGAUUCCAGAACCGGCGAAAUCAGAGUCAAAGAUAAUUUGGACUAUGAGCAAAACGAUAUUUUUGAGAUCAACGUCCAAGCGACGGACAAGGGAUCUGUUGCAACGCCUGUGUAUUGCGAAGUCUUGCUGGAUGUUAUUGACAUUAAUGACAAUGCACCUGAGGCGACACUGACCUCUAUAUUCAGUCCUGUCAGUGAGGAGGCUUUGCCCGGGACAGUUGUCGCCCUGUUUAACGUGAAUGACCAAGACUCUGGAGAUAAUGGGCAGGUACAUUGCCAAAUUUUAAGUGGUUCUCCUUUCAAACUGGAUUCCUCUUUGAGGAAUUAUUACAGGAUAUUAACUGAGCAACGGCUGGAUCGCGAAAACAUCGCAAAGUAUGAUGUUACCAUCGUGUGCAGUGAUAAGGGAUCUCCUCCUCUGACAUCCAAGAAAUCCAUCCGGGUGGAUAUUUCCGAUGUAAAUGACAAUGCUCCGCGCUUUAUGCAGCCGUCAUACACAGCCUAUGUAACGGAGAACAAUGUUAUAGGAUCUUCUAUCUUCUCCGUUACUGCCACUGAUGAGGAUGUGAACCAGAAUUCUCAAUUGUCUUACUCCAUCUUGGAAACACGGGACCAGGUUUUCCCAGUAUCCGCUUACGUGAAUAUCAAUUCAGAAACUGGGGUCAUCUAUGCUCAGAAAUCAUUUGACUACGAACAACUGAAAAGCUUCGAGAUCUGUGUCCGAGCACAGGACUCUGGGCCUGUAUCACUGAGUAGCAACGUUUCAGUAGAUGUAAUUAUCCUCGAUCAAAAUGACAAUGCUCCAGUCAUCGUUCAUCCACUACCAGAACAUGGCUCGACAGUGACCGAGACAGUGUCGAGUUCCGCAGAGCCCGGCUACCUUGUCACCAAAGUAUCCGCAAUCGACACAGAUUCCGGCCAGAAUGCUCGCCUGACUUAUCAGAUUUCCCAAGCUACAACCCCCGGACUUUUUACCAUUUCUUCAGACUCAGGAGACAUAUGGACGACGCGUGGCAUCGUGGAUAGAGAUCUUAGGAAGCAACGUUUGCUCAUCGUUGUGAAGGACAGCGGGGAGCCAGCACUUUCGGCCACGUUAACCAUCAUAAUCUCAUUGGAACAGGGUUAUUCGGAAUCGUUAUCCGAGGUGGAUAGUUUAUCCGAAGAAGCUGUUUUGGCCCCUGACGCGAGCUUUUAUUUGGUCAUGGCCUUGGGGUUACUGUCUGUGGUCUUCCUAAUAAUUGUAGUGGUGCUCGCCAUUAAAGUUAACCAAAACCGAUGGGGGUUUGACGAUCGUAACUCUUGCUGUCGCAGGAGAAGUCGAAAGACGUGCAGGAGCAUUCAAAUACCCCCAAACUAUGUGGAAGUGUUUGGGGGCGACCCACUCUCUCAGAGUUUCCGCUAUGAUAGUUGCUCUUCGUCACACACCACGAAGGGAGACUUCAUGUUCCGCAACACGUGCAGCUCACUUGCAAGCAAGAAUAACGAGACUCCGCCAAUAUCAAAUUCCGAAAGUUGCAGAAACUUUAUUCAGGUGAGAAGCCUUUCCAAAGGAAACCGUUUGAUUUACAUACACGUCAAGAUCGUAACUGGUGGAAAGGAAAAGCGGGAUCCUCUUUCGCCGGAAAUGGGAUAUUGCAGAAUAUAUUGCUUGAAAAAAUGGUUUCUCCUUUACUGUCUAUUCUUCUGGAGUCUAGUUUCGGGGCAAAUUCGUUAUUCGAUUCCCGAGGAACUACAACUUGGCGCCUUUGUUGGUAACAUCGCGGACGAUUUGGGUUUAGAUGUGAAAGAACUCACAGCUCGAAAUUUUCGCAUCGCGCCUGGUCUCGGGAAAAAAUACUUGGAUGUUAAUUUAGACAAUGGGAUAUUAUUUGUGAAGGAAAAGAUUGACAGAGAGCAGCUUUGUGGAUCGAGCCUUACUUGCCUUUUAUCAAUGGAAGCUGUAAUCGAAAACCCUUUGAAUGUCUAUAGAGUUGAAGUGGAGGUUUUGGAUAUAAACGACAAUGCUCCCAUUUUUCCAAAGAAUCAGGUCCGCUUAGAAAUAUAUGAAGUGGCGACGCCGGGUGCCCGUUUCCCCCUCGAGUGUGCGUACGACUCGGACGUAGGGACAAACUCCUUACAAGACUACCGCCUGGUUGAGAAUCAAUACUUCGCACUUGACAUUGAGACCCGCAGUGGGGAGGAGAAGCUGCCAGUGUUAACACUGGAGCGGGCGCUGGACAGAGAGAAAGAAGCAACCCACAGGUUACAACUAAUUGCUAAGGACGGCGGGAUUCCCCCAAGAUCCAGCACUGCUGAAAUAUUAGUCACAGUACAGGAUGCCAACGACAACUCUCCUGUAUUCGCCCAGUCCGUCUACAGGGUCAGUCUGAAUGAAAAUGUGCCCAAAGGAACACUUGUAAUCAAGCUUAAUGCCACUGAUUUGGAUGACGGGUCUAAUGGGGAGUUAGAGUAUUCAUUUACCAGCCAUACCUCGGCGACAGUGCGUGAAAUGUUUGAUCUCAAUUCAAUAACAGGGGAGGUCAAAGUAAAGGGGAUUUUGGACUAUGAGGUAAAUCGUGCCUUUGAAAUCAAUAUUCAGGCAAUGGACAAAGGUUUUGCUCCGCAACCUGCGUACUGCCGUGUUCACGUGGACAUUACUGAUUUGAAUGAUAACGCCCCUGAAGUUAAGGUAACGUCUUUGUUCAGUCCUCUUGCAGAGGACUCUUCCCUGGGGGUUGUGAUAGCGCUGAUUAGUACCACAGAUAAAGACUCGGGAAAAAACGGAGAGAUCCAUUGUCAAAUCCCAAAUAAUCUUCCAUUUAAACUGGAUUCGUCUUUAAUAAACUAUUACAAAUUGCUGACUGUGGACCAAUUGGAUCGGGAAAAUAUCCCAAAGUAUGACGUCACUAUAGAGUGUAGUGACUCAGGUUCGACUCCUCUCACCUCCGAGAAAACAAUGCAGGUAGAGAUCUCUGAUGUAAAUGACAACGCGCCUCGAUUCAGCCAAUCGUCCUACACAGCCUAUGUGAUGGAGAACAACGUCAUCGGAGCCUCUAUCCUAUCAGUGACAGCUAUCGAUCCCGAUUUAAAACAGAAUGCUGAAGUAUCAUAUUCCAUUACGCAGAACCAGCUUCGGGGUGAGUCAAUAGCCAACUGCGUGUAUAUUAAUUCGGAGAAUGGAAUCGUAUUUUCUCAAAGAAGUUUCGACUACGAGGAACUCAAAGGCUUCCAGUUCCAGGUUCAAGCACGGGACAACGGAAGCCCGCCACUCACUAGCAAUGUUUCGGUGGAGAUUGUUAUCUUGGACCAGAACGAUAAUGCGCCAGUUAUUGUUCAUCCACUACCUGAACAUGAGUCAACUGUCAUGGAAACAAUGUCUCGCUCUGCCGAGCCAGGUUACCUGGUUACCAAAGUGUCCGCCAUCGAUGCUGACUCGGGCCAAAAUGCUCGCCUCUCUUACCAGAUUGUCCAGUCUACUGACCCGGGACUUUUCACCAUUUCACCGGACACGGGCGAAGUGUGGACCAUCCGAGCCAUGGAGGAGAAGGACGCGACAAAGCAAAAGUUAACCAUCGUGGUAAAAGACAACGGGACACCGCCGCUUUCAGCUUCCCUGACCAUCAGUUUGUCGGUGGUUGACGGGGAUGCCCAGUUGCUCUCUGGGGUCACAGAUUUGGACGAGAAGGCGGCUUUCAAGUCCGUAUUGAGUUUUUACUUGGUGAUAUCUCUGGGGGCAAUUUCAUCCAUUUUCCUGCUCAUCUUAAUCAUCCUCGCUGUGAAGGUCCAUAAAAGCAGGAGUGGAUUUGGUGUUUACGGUUGGUACGGGGACAUCUGCUGGUGUUAUCAAUCAGGACGCUCUCUCAAUGGGAUUCAGAAAGCUAGCAGAAACAUUCAAAUACCUCCGAAUUAUGUAGAGGUAUUCGGAGGUGAUCCGCUUUCUCAAAGUUUUCGCUAUGGAACCAAUUCAACUAUAGGUUCUACCAAGAGGGAUUCCCCAUUUCCCAAUACGCAUAGCCUGACUGCAGUGACAUAUAAAAGCGGGGGGAGGCCUAAUGAGAAAUACAAAUAUCUGCAAACCCAAGCACCUGAACAUUGUAGAAACUCUGUAAAUAAUGAGGUGAAACAACCAAAUACUGAUUGGCGUUUCUCACAGACCCACAGAGCAGAGCUAAACAGCUCCCAGUACCUGGAGGAGGAAGGUGUGCAGCGUGAAAUACAAUGUGAAGUUCAGCGUGAGGUCCAGCGAGACGUGCAGCGUGAAGUACAACGUGAUGUGCAGUGUGAUGUGCCACGUAACAUUCAACGCGACCUGCAGCGCGAUGCGCACAGUGACGUGCAGCAUGUUGCCGAAAAUGAUCCUGGUGGACCAAGGAAAGCAGUAUGUGCAAGGCCUCCUGCCAUCCCAGCCGGUAGAGAUGGGUGGACAUUACCACGGACAGCUCCACGAAUGCAGCUACAGAUGGCGCUAGGCACUCACGUACCAGGGACCCUGCGAAGUCAGUACCUCUUCCCCCGAGAGUCUCGUACCUCCGGAGCACGUAUCAGUAAUUCAAGCGUGGAGUUCACUGCUUUCCCUGUUGGCAGCCUCCAUGGUCCUUGGGCUGUAAACCAGACACGAGAUCGUAGAGGCAUCACCCGUCCGGGCAGCUGGAGACCAGAGUUGGACACCGAGGCUCGCUGUGAAAUUUCCUGCUCACCAUCAAGCCUCCGAUUAUCUACACAACGUCUACAUUCCGGGGACCACCACCACCCUCUCCGGCAAGUCAACAACUGAGCGUGAAGGAAAGAAGUCCUUCAUAACUUUUGGGAAGAAGAAAAAAAGUGGUAAAUAAAAGAGGGGGUCAGACUAAACAUUUCAAUAAUUGUGAAAAUCAUAAAAUGGAGCUGCAUGACAAAAGCACGUCUUUUUAAAAAAAAAACUAAAUGUCACUUCAAAAAAAAAAAUUAAUUGGGCCAAAGAAGCCCUUUGCUGCACUAAGUAUUAGUUUGAAAGGGAAUGGAUUUUUUAAAUUUUGAUUUUCAUUGAUAGUGUUCAAAAUUCUCUGCAAUCCUCCAAUUUAACAAGUAUUACAACAGAAAUGUGGCAAUUUAUGCCAUGCACAAUUGUUUAAGGAGGUCUCAAUUGCCUGAAGAUACUAUGCAUUAGGUUUGCGCGGUAUUAUGCCUUGCCAGCUCAGAAUUAAAGGCAACCAAUUCCAGAUUUUGAGAUAUUAUUCUGGACAUCAUUGCCACCAGGAAAUUGUUAGUGAUUUUCUUUUCAAACGCACUGGGGAAAAUUAAAUUUGUUAGUAGUCUCAAGCACUGACUUGAUCAAGGGCUUCUUUUUGGAAUGGGGUACUGAGUUCCAAUGGGAGAUUUAUCCCAGACCUCACCAUCAUUCGUCACAAGCUUCCUUCCUAAGCUUCCCAAAUUGAGUUCAGCUGGAGCAAUUGAUAGGACCUACAGUUGCCUCUGAACAGAAUUCCUUUGCUCUCUCCAUCUAGUUCAAGUUCCAGUUUAUUAUCACUCAACCAUACACAUGUAUACAGCUAAACGAAAUAAAGUUCCUCUGGGACCAAGGUGCAAAACUCAGUACAUGUAUCACAUAAAGUGCGUAAAAAAAUAUUCACACAAUAAUAUUAGCAGAUAUUAAAAGUAUUCUGUAGAUAAACAAGUUGACAUAAAAUGCUUAUAUGACAUAUAGUUAAAUAUACAACAAUAUAAUGCUAGUGGCACAAACAUAAAUAAUGUGUACUGGGUGAUAGCAAGGUGUUCAGAAGCCUCACAGCCUGGGGGAGUAAGCUGUUACCCAGCCUGGCAGUCCUUAUUCUUACUGUGGUUCCUUAGGCCUGCUGGUACAAGGUAGGAUGGAUGGGAAGGGUCCUUAAUGCUGAAGUCAAGAGGAGAAUGGCUGGGUUGUUUAUCUCACAGCAGUCUGGAGAUAUUUAAAAUUAAAAUUUCCAGUGCUGCCAGAUGAGACUGUGUUGGCAUUAGGCCACAUUACCAGGAUAAUUGGCACAGACUAUCUAAUUCCACCUUCAAUGAAUUAACACCAAUGGAAAUGAAACCACUCUGACUUGCAUCACUGAGAAAUUGUGCCUAUCCUGAAAAAAUAAUGUAUAUAAAUUUAAUCCUCAAUUUUGCUGGGACACUACAGAAACAUUAAAAAAAAACCAUUCCCUGAUUCAAACGUCUGUUACACAUGUGAGCAGCCACAAUUUAAAUUCAGUCAAACACUUAUUGUCUCGUGUCUCCAUUUUGUUCAGUCUAAAAUGUCACGCAGCCUUAACAUAGAUUAAGGAACAUGUUAAGAGUUCACUUUCGCUUUGUGCAUGUACGUCACUCUGUGGGUUAUCGCUUGCAUUACAUUUUCUGUAAAUUGUUCUCUGUUUAAUGCCCCACAUUUAGUUUUAGAAGGGGUGUGGCAGAACAGAAAAGAGGAGAGAAACAAAGCAAGUGAGAAAAUAAUUGACGCUGCUUUUCCACCAUUAGUCGCAUCAGGAAUGGCCCAGAACUUGCAGAUGGACUCUGAGAGCAUCUAGCUAAGUAGAAAAACCACUGCUCAUCUCACUCCUUUGGAUCACUGUCCACUUCUCUCCCUUGGUGACCCAGGGCAGCAGAUCCAAGGAUAUAAGGGUACCAUGGCAAUGUAGUAGUUAGCGUAACGCUACUAUAGCUUGGAGCAAUCUGGAGUUCAGAGUUCAAUUCUGGUGCUGACUGUAAGGAGUUUGUACACUCCUCCCGUGACCGUAUGGGUUUUCUUUGGGGGUUUCGGUUUAUUCCCACAGUCCAAAGUUAUACCAGUUAGUAGGUUAAUUGGUCAUUGCAAAUUGUCCUGUGAUUAGGCUAGGGUUAUAUGUGUGGUUUGCUGGGCCGUACAGCUCUUUGGGCUGAAAGGACCUGUUGCGUGAUUUAUCUCUAAAUAAAUAAAUAAAAUUAGUGAUGAUGUUCUCAAUGAUGCAGGUUGAGUGUCUUUGUAUAGACUUGUAACAUAGUCAUAAUGACAAAAGCUUUCAGAACAAUAGAAUGGAGGGUAAGGAAGGAGAAAAAUAUAUUAAAAUACCAAAAAAAGGGGUAUAUAUGGGGCAAUGGUUGCCACCUUAUGAAGGAGCCAAAUCGGACAAAGAGAUUGGAUCAGACUGAAUGCAUAGUGGGGUCCUGGCCUGAGUUUUCAGGUAUCUUUUAAUAAAGGUGAAAUGUAAUUCUGCCCGAGAGAGGGAUGAAAAUAAAAACAAAUUUAUUAUGUAGUCUUUAGUUUACAAAUUCCUGAAUUGAUUCACUGGAGUAGAUUUCAAUGUUUUCCAGGGCUGUAAAAUGAAUGAGCAACUGAGGUGUCCCCUUUUGCACACUUCCCAAUUGGAAGUAAAAUAUGGGAGGGAUACAGACUGGGCUUCCAGUUCACUAACAUCAGCUUGGAGGAAGCCAUAUCCUACUGUCUGCCAGUGGGCUCAGCAUGAACAAUAAACAGAGCUGGAAAAAGCCUUGGUGUAUUGGUAAGGGACAAUCAUCCAGACUUGGUCUGCAAACUAGCAACACUACCAGAAAGCGUCUUUGAAGAGCAGACAUGAGAAGGUUCCAGGUUCUGGUGAAAGGUUAUCCACCUGAAACCCUGACCCUGUUCCUCUCCCCUCAAAUGCCACCUGACCUGCUGAGUACUUCCAGCAUUUUGUUUUUUUAAAAAUUUCAGAUGGCCAGUUGUGUUGCUUUUCAGGGUACAGAAGGGUUGUUUAUGCCCAGGAACCCACAAACAGUCCAAGUCAGUGCCUUCAGGAGUAAAGAAAGGGUUAAAAAAAUUGGGAGGGGGGAAAGCAUUGGGUUGUCCAGUUUAAUCCUAGAUAGGUGGCAACCAUGAUUGGGACAAAAGAUUAGAGAAUCAGAGACUUGAAAUAUUUAGAAACAAGUCCUAUCAUGUAACAUUUAUUUUAACACUAGCGAUAACCCUAUAACAUAUGUUCUCUUAGGACUGAAUUAAUCAGCCAUAGCUUUGAGAAUGAAGCCUUGGCAACCAGUGGGUAGUCUAUAGCUGUUUUAAUAUUUAGGCAUGCUGAAUGUGUCCUGUGAUUAACAAAUAUGAAUAUAUCCAUAUACUAGUAUCUGUCUUAUUUCUUAGGGGAAAAAAGAAGACUGAAUUAGAUCUUGAGACAUUGUGAAUCUCUUUGUAGUUUCUUGAUGUUUUUGCUAAAACUCGUUUUAUUACAAUUAUACCAUGUGGUGUUGUAGACUUCUUAUACACUGCUUUCUACAUAUAAUAUUAGUCAAACAUGAAGGUGAUAGAUCCUUUCUUAUGAAGCUCAUGUUCUACUUUUGAGAUUUGCUUGCAAUUGCCAACUUCAAUAUGAUAGCCUGUAUAACACUGAGUGAGUAUAUUGUACCCUGUAUUGCUCUUCUGACCUAAAUUUGCUGUAAUCCUAAUGUUAAAAUCUUGCUUUCAUUUUAAUUGCAUUGGAUUAUAUUAGUAAUGUUUUGCUCUAAAUUCAGUCUUUCCAAUAAAAUUAUUCCUUUUAAUCCAA